AUGGGAGGCAUUCUUGGCCUGGUGCUUGGAUUCUGCGGAGCCAUAGAGUAUCAAAAAAACAGCAACCCCCAUUUUCAUGCCAAUGUGUACGUCGCCACGGUGUGGCAACAGCCCCUGAAAAAAUUAGCCCAAAAAAUACAAGCUAAAGCUGUUACCUUGGAGGAACUGUUUCGGUACCAAGCCUGGCUGCACAAUGAAAGCCACUUCAACCUCGAACAGCAUGAAGCCCUCUUUCCAGCGUUGGAGAAACAAUGGAUGCAAAACUUCCCUGGAACAGAGCAUGACAAGUUAUGCCUUUGGCCAGCUUUUGUUGCCGCAGACACCACGCCUUCGCCGUGGCUGCCACGGGUUGCCGACGGCGGGCCGCUCCGCGUAGAGCGUUGCUCAUCGCCGGCCCAUGCCGCCGAAUCGCCGAACGCAGCUGCCCCGACUGCCGCAGCGAACCCACAGACCUUGCAGACGGACGCCAUUCAAUACCGGCAACUCUACCAGACAGCAGUGCAAGUGAAGCUCUCACACCAGCAACACCAUAUGCACACGUGGGAUGCCAAGCACAAGUGCCACGUGCCGCUGCCUGCUUGCCAAAAGAAGGACGCGCCAAACAAAUGCAAGCAUGGCUUUCCAAAAACCAUCUGCGACGUGGCGCGCGUCGUGUGCCGGGGGAAUGCUCGCAAAUUUCGUCAGAGUACGGCUGGAAGACGAAAUGCACUUGGCUGCGUCCUCAAUCCACGUGACAACCAAUGGCUGUCAGGCACUAUGCAUGCAUUUACCCUGAUGUUCAUGGGCAACAGCCAUACCGGCAUCAAUUUCCGCAUCCCGCUCUUGCCGGAGACCCACGACCCGGCAUGUGAGCGCAGCUGCUUGGAAACCACCACCUUGCAGCGGCUCCAGCGGCUGAUGCGGCUGAUGCAGCAUGCCGCGAGAAAAGCGACGCAAUACUUCACAGGAUAUUUGCAAAAACCCCAGCCAUUGGGUCGGAAGGAGCUGCAACAAGCCGCCAAGCACCUGUCAUAUCUCGACAUUACCCCCGAGAAGGGCGCGGAAGCCAAGCACUACCGAAAAGUGUUGCAUCGAGUGUGCGGUGACUUGGAAUUUCGCUGUUCCGUCCGCCCCCUGACGGAAGAAGUCAUGUUGGCCGGUUUCUGGGACGGCGACGAACCCACGUCAGCCGAGUGCAUUCGCUCCUUUGCCGUCAUUCCCUUUGUCGGCAGUGCAUGGGUAGCCCAGUACGACAAAACCACAGAAGUGCGACAUCGGGUCAAACCAAGUCACCAGAGACAGGUCCAACUGGGAGCCAGCGAGCUCUAUGGGUGGCGCGGCUCUGAUCCACGGCUCAAAUAUCUAAGCCCUUGGGAAUUCACUGCACUUUGGGACGUGCGACGUCUGCAGCCGCCCCAGAAACACCGCAGCGAUCUCAGUGCCUGGCUCCCAGGAUGCGGCGACGGCCCUGAGCCCGCUGAUGGAUGGCAAUUUGGGCGAGAUUUCACUUGGAAGACACCUCUCGGCCACAACUCUGAGCAUAUUGUGCCCGUACCCCGCCGGGCCAACACGGCACCAUAUGCAGACCACUAUUUCUGCCGCCGGGCGGUGCCACUGGUGCCAUACCCAACGUCUUGCCCCUUACCGAAAGUUGAUAUGAGCAAAGACCAUCAAGCCCGCCUGCUGAACAUCUAUCUCCGCCCAUGGACUUUGGCCGGUGACGACGCCACGUUGCAUGUGCCACAUAUUCAAGCCUUGGACAUCCCCAUCACUGAUCGCCAAAAGAAGCCUUCCCAUCGGUGUGUCGGAAAAACGUCGGUGGGGUGCCGCAGUCAUUACACGGCAUGGAAAGAUUACAUUCGCCACCACAUCGUGUCUGCAAAUGCCGCCCGCACCAUCUCAAAUUUCUUGGCUGCCGCAGAGUGUUCGCCGGAGGACGUCGAGGAAGCAACCGUCGAGGCAGGCACAAAGCCGGACAGGGAAGUUGACACAAGCUGGGUUGACAUGACGACCGUGCAACGCCUGACUGCCGGAGAAGGGUUCCAAUACUCCAAACGGUCGGCCCAGACCGUCCAGAGUCUUGUGCACGACUGGACAGCACCGCAGACUAGCACGAGCAACCAAGGGCCGCGGCAGUUCUCGACCGGCCUGCCAGACCCCGGCCCAGCACCAGCAACCGGGGCAGCUGGCACAGAUCCCUUCGCCCGACAAACGCAACCGCCACGCCCGGUGGCCACGAACUACGGGACCUUCAGGUUGGACGCGGCCCGGACGUGGUUGCAAGCUUUGAACCGGCCCGGGAUGACGCCAGCCCCCAACCCACAACAAAAGCAAGUUCUUACAGCCGUGGUGGAAAGGUGCCACGCCGAAGCGGUCGAGGAAAGGGCCGACAAGCAGAAUCGAUCAGAACCAUUUCGAGCAAUCUUGCAUGGAGUGCCAGGCGCAGGGAAAUCCCAAACCUUGCACUGGCUGCGCACGUUUUUCGAAACGGUCUGCGAUUGGCAGCACUUGCACGAGUUUGCCUUCGUAGCCCCGCAGAACACGCAAGCGGCCCUGAUAGAUGGAAUCACCAUUCACUCCUUCGCGGAUAUCCGCGUGCAAGGCAAGAAGCAGAAAAAGGAGACGGCUUUUGGACCAGACCACUUCGUCAAGUACCAACAUCUACGCUGGCUUAUCAUCGACGAAUGCAGCACAUCAGCCUUGGAAGUACUGGCCGUGUUAGAAAAACGCUUGCAAGAAGCGGUCCGUGCCAGGCAUUCGUGGAAAUGCCGCUCCACCGGCACGCCCCGGCCCUUUGCCGGCAUCAACAUUCUGCUGGCCGGCGACUGCUGGCAAUUCCCUGCCGUGAAAGCCACGUCCAUCUUCCAUAACCCCUUCAAGCACGGACAAAGCGUUCAAGUAGCAAACCUACAGAAAGUCUUAUGGACGCAUGACAAAGCGAACAUACAACACCUGUUCGAACUCACCCAAGAACAUCGUUGUGUCGAUCCUUGGUUAAGUGCAAUUCUGCAUGCCGCCCGACAUGGAGCUGUGACUCAAGAGCAGUGGGCGUUUCUUCACGGCUUCCCGACCCUGCAUGCCGGCUCGUGGGACCCCCACACUAACAAGUGCUCUUGCAAAAAGCCGGCCUGCAAUGCUUUGGCCAGGCAGUGGACCAAGGAAGUGUUGGAUCCGAAAAACACAAGAACCUGGCAGGAUCGGCGCCAAGCAGAAUGCAAUGUCUGCGCGACCGAACGCCGGCGGCGCUGCAUCGUUGCCGGAGCAUCCGACUUUGGGCCCAAUCCAAAAGACAGCAAAUUUUUGCAGGCACCGUUUGUGCAUGGGCUGAAUGCUGCCAAGUACGUUGCAGCACUGCUGCGGGCCCGGUGGGUGGCGGCCGAGCAACAGCAUCUCUUGCUCUGGGUCGUGGCGCAGGACACGCCGCUCUUCCACACCGACCCUGACACGGCGGACCAAGAGCUUCAGCACCGAAAAGAACAAUGGCUUCAGCGACAUGACCAGGCGACAGCAGGGAUAAUGGGCCUCUUGCCACUUUUGCCGGGCAUGCCCGUGCGCAUCACCCAGACCUUGCCCGAACUGAAACCUUGGGGCUUGUUCAAGAACACCCGCGGACAGUUAUUUGGGUGGAGCCUGGCGGAGGAAGACAUUGCGGCAAUCCCGGUCUGCCAGCAGCCGGAGCUUGUCCUCCAAAAAAUGCCGGCGUGCCUCUUUGUCGCCAUCCCCGGUGCAACCUGGCAGCACCGCCCAGGUCUUCCACCGGGGGUCGCUUGCAUUCGCCCGGUGGUGCAACAUUGGAAGCUCGAAGCUCACGGCACCGCCACGGUCGCCAGACGAGGUUUUCCGCUGGCCUGCGAUUAUGCCGGCACGGCGCAUUCGUUUAUGGGGGCCACAUUAGCUGCCUGCAGUUUAGACUUAGGAUUUUGGGACACGGCGGCAAACCGGGACUCGCAGCUCAGUGCAUACAUGUGUCUGUCCCGAGUUAAAAAAGCAGAAGACCUCUGCAUAGCCCGUCCCUUUUCCCCUAAUCUUCUAAGCCAAGGUGAACUAAUAGGCCCCGAUACGUUCCUCGCAGUACAUCGGCAGACCCUGACCCUGGCGGAUGCCAAGAGCAAGUUUGAGCAGGAGCACGUACAACGGAAGCGCAAUCCGGAGACCCUUUUCUUUUGUCGCGGGUGCACCCCGAAAGCCAAAGGCGAGCACGGCCUCCUGCCGUUGCGUGACUUCACCAGUAACAAUUUGUGGCAGCCGGAUGCUUGGUUGGAGAUUGUGUGUCUCGGCAUGGAACGCUUGUGCAGCCAGUGCCGCCACCCACAGCCGUCCGGAAACCCCACCAGCGCCGAAGCCGACGCCUCCAGCAAGUGUGCAUUUUGUAACAAAACCCCACUUCCGAAACUCGGCUUUUGCAAGAAAUGCCUGUCGGAAGCAAGAUUGGCCUGUGCCUGCUGUGACGUGGGUCGAAAACUCAAACCCAAGACCUUGGCGGAUUUCAGCCCCGCAGAAAUUCAGCGGCGCCGGGAGACCCGGGAGAUACGGAAAGCCCGCUGCAAGAAGUGCGAGCUGCACCAACCCAACAAAGGCAAAGCCAAGGCCGGGCAGUGCCGCACGUGUCGGAACGUUGUCAGUGUGUCCCACUUGCACCAGUAUGACUCCAAGGCCAACGACGGCAUUUGUCGCAAGUGUUGGCGCAAGGCCACCGACUUGGAGGCAGCGACCGCCAAGGUCUGCCCACAGUGCAGCACACCCUUGAAACCAACAGCGACGCCAGGCUCGUGGUGUCAGAGCUGUGCCUUUCCACCGUGUGCAGUUUGCCACAAAGUUAAUCGGCCACACAAAGGCCCGUACCACGCCAAGCACAAACCAAUUUGGGUGUGCCCAGCCUGUACAGUAUGUCCACAGUGCCACAAACGCCUGAAACCGGGUUCGCAGCCAGGCACGUGGUGUCAAAGCUGUGCCUAUCCACCGUGUGCAGGUUGCCAACAAGUAGCUAGGCCCGGCGGGGACCACGCGUACCAUGCCAAGCAUCGCCCCUUUUGGCGAUGCGACAAGUGCGCCCAAGCAAGCUGUCCGAUGUGCCAAGCCAAUCCCUUGGGUCAAGACGCCGGCGGCGGACCCGACGCCGCGUGCCCACAGUGUGCGGAACGGGGUCCCAAGUGCGCCAAAUGCAAACAGCCAAUGGUCGGCCGCCCGCAUUCACACGGCUGGUGCCACGGGUGCGCCUUUCCGCCAUGUGCAGCUGGGUGUGGUCGACCGCGUCCGAGCACCCACGCAGCCGAUCAUGCCAAAUUCAAGCCAGAGUGGACGUGCCAGACCUGCUACGUAUCCGACACGGGACCGGCCAAACGCCGUAAGAUCCAAAAGGCCGAGGAAGCAGACACCUUGCCACCGUUGCCGCCGCCGGCGGAACCGCCUGAUGACAGUGCCAGUCCGGCGGCUCCCUGUAGCCAGCCCAAGCGAAGAAAAGCGCAGAGCAGGCCCACCGGCACGGCGCCGUGCGCCACGCCAGCUCAGACCACACCCGCACUUCGGCCAGCUGUCGCGGACGCCGUGCCAAAACCACCCGAUGACAGCUCAGUUUCCCAGCCUGCAGUUUUGUUGUGUCAACCACGGAAAAGGAAACGAGGCGUCGCCAGCGCCAACUUGGAGAGCUCCUUGCCGGCACCUGUCCCAGAGACCGUGCUGCCCGCAGCGAUGAACCAUUGGUUCACCAAAUCACAGAGAUCAGCCAUUUUGCGAACAGGAUGCAGCCUCGCUAGCCAGGAAUCGCAUCCAGACUCCAAGCGUCAAAGACACGCGGUCACGCCGCGGCCAGUGGAGGACAACGUGUUCGGACCCAACCUCAACCAGGCGCUGGCGCGAGACGACCUCGUGGGACGCUGGAUGCAGGAUUUCCUGGCGUGCAAACCCUGCAGAGGCUAUGGUCUAGGCAACGCGGGGGAUAGGACAACAGUCGUGUGGAAGACGGGGGCCGGGACUUCGGGCGUCCCGGUAGCAUCCUUCGUUGGAAGGGGGCUGACAGCCCGGGUGUACCGUAGGAGUUCGAAGGCGAGUCCGGCGUGUUUGCUGGCGGCCUGGCAUGUUUGUGGUAAGCCAGCAUGUUUGGAGUCCGCAGUGGCGCGUGUAGCUGUCUGCUGCAUAGCACUGAGCAUGGUGUUCUGGCUUGCCUCCCAAAUGAAGAAGUCGUAUGGCGUGCGGCGGCAGUCAGUGCCAGCUGCGUGUGGCAAGGGGCCGCGCAACCGAUCCAGCAAGCACACACACUGGACACGAAGGUUGCCGGGGAAAGAUACAUCUUUGAGCUGGGGCAUGGCAGUCACCGCAGCAUGCUUGUGUGCCAGCACAAAGCAGCUAGAUUUCCUGUUUGCGGUCAAUCUCUUCACCUGUGUCUUUGCAUGCCAAGCGCAACGUGCUCUAGCCAGUGCACGCCUGCGCAGUGGGUGGGUCAGGAAAGCACGUCGGGUGGGCAACGCUCGGGUGAAAGCAAGGCGGCAACCAGGAUCGCCACGAAGUAGAAUGCAAAUGUUGAUUGCAGCCAUCUUCUUGUUAUCACCAGCCAGUUGGGUCUGUGUGGAAGGCGUUUGCCAGGGAAACAUCGCAGCAGUGCAACCAGUCAGAAACGCAUGGUCAACCUCUCGCAAACUUAGAAACCAGUUGAUGCGGGCAAUGCAUGGCAACACGAUGAAGAAAGCCGACAGCGGAAAAGCAGAAGGGUCCACACCCAGCCACUUCAUGGACGCAAGUGUCGGCAGCCAGCCCGUAGCUAGGAAGAAAGCUCGAGUUGCAGACGCAGUGGAUGCCGCAUCCUCGCAGGGUGCACAACUGAGCAAAGCAAGUUUGCAGAAAGAAGUGGCGGGCGAGGAAGACCUGGAAAUGGACGUACGUGUGCAGGCUCGACUUGGGUGUGAGCUGAUCAAAGUCCCUGGUGACGGAUGGUGUUUCUUCCACGCCGUCCUUCGCCAUUGUCGCGGUUGGCAUUCGUGGUCGGUGCCCCAAGCUGCAAAGUUAUACUUGCAGGCCUUAGAAUGGAUGUGCAACCAAAAACAUGGCCCCAGAGCAGAUGAGGUUGCAAUUGCCAGCGUGCCAUUUGAUGACCGGGAAGCAGCCUUACACCAGAAGUUCCUUGAGCAAGCUGGGCAGUUGCAGGUCACAGACGGUUUGACCGAGGCCGACACCGUGCUUUGGAGUAAAGUGGUUGCAGUCUUAGAAAAGCCACGUAUGUUGGAUGCCAUCCACCAUGGCUCAGCGGUUGAAUUGUGGGCACUCACCCAAGCCUUCGACUUUCAUUGUCUCAUUUGGAGCCACGAGGACGAUAGAAACAUUUGGAUUCAUGACAUGGCCUACAUCACUGAUGCGGAAGCCGCAGUGAGAUUGCAGGAAUAUGCCAAUGUCUUAGAGCUUUUCCACCGAAAUAUUGGUGUCACAGGACACUAUGACCUCCUCCAACGGUCAGAAGCAUUGCGUGAACCAUUCCCUGAAACACCAUGGUUGGAAACUUGGAGAACACAGUGUUCGGAAGCCGUGCUGUGUCUUGCUGCCGAAAGCCUACAAAACCCAGUGGAAGUGCUACCCGUGUUGCCGCAUAGUCAGUCAUCGCACCUUGAAGAUCAGAGUGUAAUGUUCCAAAAGGAUGCCACAAAGCAAGCCAAGCGGCCAACAGCAGGGUCAUCCGGGCAACAGCCGCGGACCAGCCACACCACUGCGGCAGAAUCGGAUGCAACACCAUGUGAGCCAAAUCGGUCGCAGCAGAUGCAUGACACGACUGAAGCCGACAAAGAGGCAGCCACUGGUGUCUGGGAAGGGCAUGACGACGCAGAAGCGUCGGAGGGUGCAGCAACCGACCUGGAUUCUGAAAGCGUGCUUUCCUGGGAUUCAAACCUAUCCGAGACCACAGAAGAGGCUGAAGUCGAAGUCACCGUGGACUCGACAAAGACAUGGGUCACGGUCGAAGAUCGUGACCACGAACGCAUUCGACGCACAGCAUUCCAUCUGCGACAACAUCCUCUGCUGCCAUCUCCAGUCCCACAAGUUGGCUGGAGCGUCGAUCGGCGCACACUGCGUCGAUUACAAGUGGAUUUGGACGACAACACUUGCCAAGCAUUGAUUUGCGGUUGUUGCGCCCGAGUGAGUCCAGGAGGCAUGGGAGGGGAGAUUGCCUACAUAUCUGUCAAGCAGUUAUUCAAUGCACUGACCCCAGAAGCGGUCAAAGCAAACUGGAACUUGGAAAGAUACAUGACGCAAUAUGCUACGUUGGCUGCUGUGACCAAUCGUUUCGAAGCACACGAGUGGACGCGAACACUGCCAGCAACCAUCUGCAACGGGAUGCGACUCAUCUGCUGCCCAGAAGACGUCCGCUGCGGACUUUGCGCCGAGAAUGCGCUGCAACUGUGUGAGGCUUGUGAACUGCCAUUGUGUCGCAAUUGCCUCGAACACAUGUGUAAACAGGACGCUGGUGCAGUGCCAGAAGCCCUUGCAAACGACAAUUGGUUUGGAUACCCAACAGAGUUGUUGUACACCCACAGAGUGCGUUGGAUAGAAGCGGCAGCUGCUUCUCCGGUCUGGACUUCCGUCAUCAUGUACUACCUGGAAGCCGACCGAGGCAACUUGAUAGAAGAGCACUUGCAGCGGCCCGAACACAGAACCGCAGUCCGAGGCAAUGUGUCUUCCUGUAGCAUUCCAUGGGAAGAGGUGCUCGCCGCAUUGGCCCCCGAGACCCGACAGAACACCUCUUGGGAAAGGUUGCCUCACCCGCCACAUGUCCUCCAAGCUAUUGUCAAAGUCAAUGUGAAGGGCAUGUUAUACAAUGAGGCAAUCGAGUGGGUAGCAGGAGCACGCAUCCGACCCUGGGUCGUCAGUGCACUCUUACAUCACCUCAUCGACAUACAACAUCCAAUGUGUGCGUCGGACUUGUCGGCAGAGGAGGCAAAAACAGCAGUGACGCAACGUGUGACCUGGAUCUAUGGGGUGGACGAAACAAGGCCGCUAGUCGACUUGAACGAAACUUCUUCACCGACUGGGACAUCAAGCGGCGCGCACCCCUGCGCGCGACGCCAGAGCAGCGCUCAGGCAGCAGCUACUGUGAACUCAGAAGCAACCAGUGCAAAUAACGAGACCGAUGCCCCAACCAUGAGCGGCCAGAGCUCGUUUCAGCCAGCGUCUGUGGAGCAACAUUUCAAGUCUUCUCUUGUGAAAACUGCAUCCCGAAAGAUCGUUUCCCACCUGCAAUCCGAAGAGACAACCCAAGUGUACAGCAAAACGGUUCCACAGCAUACAAGCCACAGCGAUGCGAACGCAACCUUGCACAACAUGCUAACCCAGAGCAUGUGCCAGAUGGUAGCAGAGAGAAAAGAUCAGGGCAGCCCUCAGGUGACAGCUGCAGUCAUAGCAGACUCGACCUCGCCGCAGAAGGAAGAGGUUACAGUGUCAGCACCUAGCCACGGCAAGUUUCCAUUUGUACAUGUAAAGCCUGAGCGGGAUGCCUCGCCGGGCGACGACCCAUCACCGCAGGUGACAAGCCAGAGCAGAUUUUUUUCUGCCAGUGCAGACGCAAGCCAGCCGCUGCCGCAGAAGCAUGCAACACCCGAGUCAGUCGCAGACACAGCUUUGAAUGGCGAAUCCUUCGUAGCCAGUGUGAGACCCAAUGUACUGUCACAAGAUUACACGGGUGCAGAGUGGAAAGACCCCGACGUCGACAUGUUGCUGCAAUUAGGCAAUGCGACUGACACACUCACCAUUCGAACCGGGCACAACUUCUGGGACCAGUGGCAGAAUGACUUUCUCCCCUGGGCUUUUCCCUUCAGCCUCCCCGCACCCGUCAGUGGUCCGGACUUUCCCCACAAAGAGCGACCACGGAGGCCCGCAGAUGCGCCGCACUUGCAACCCUUGGCACACUUGAAACUUCUGGCCGGACGCAUUGAGAGUUCAAUUCGCAACUCAUGGGAUCUGAUUCCCGGGCUGCGACGAUUGACAUUCAAAUGGCACUCGGUGUGGCACGGCUCGCUGUGGCGGAAAUGGAAGUCACAACGGCAAGCCCUUGCACCGGCACCUAUGCUCAAGUGGGUCCAAGCGGCUCGUGGCCUCUACAACAAGCUGAGAUCCGGCACAUAUAGCACUGCAGGUGGGAAGCCCAAACCCAUACACUUUGACACCCGCAAACUCCCCUAUGCCCGCGGCCUCACAGCCGACGAAAAGGAAUUGCUCCAGGACGUGAAAGGCAUGCAAGGCCAUAUGCCUGGAACGAUUGAAGUACGACGUCGGAUUGGACGUUUCCUCUUCGGGGCCAGGGUUGAGAUGGGAGAACCCCUCUUCAUCACCAUAUCUCCCACAACCCGGCAUAACACCUUGUGCAUCAAAUUCAGCCGCUAUCGUGCUGCAGAUCCUGGCGGAGCCGCCGAAGGAGCGCGCGAGCGCCCGAAGCUAUGGGAGACGGCAGAAGCGACCAUCGACGUGCCGCCAUACGACACUCGCAGACAGCUGACUGCGAGGGAUCCGUGGGCCGUCGUUCUCAGCUUCCAAACCGUGGUGCGGUGCAUCUUCGCCAAACUGCUCGGCAUCCGCAUGUGUUUUCGUUGCCCAGCAUGCGAUUGCCGCGAUGCACGCGGACACGGGUGUCACGUGACGGGGGGCAUCCUUGGCAUUGCUAGCGGUCUAUGCGGAGCAAUCGAAUACCAAGCCAAUUCCACGCCGCAUUUCCACUGCAACGUGUACAUCGCGUCCAUUUGGCAACAAUCUUUGAGUGAACUUGCAGCCAAACUGAAUGACAGCACCAUCACAUUCGAGGACGUGCAACAAUUCUUGACAUGGGCACACCCCGAAUCCCAUCUUGACCUAGCAAGCCAUACGCAACAGCAAGACCACCUUGAAGCAGACUGGGCCCAGAACAACUGCAAAGCAAGCCACGAUUUUUUGUGUCAGUGGCCUAAAUUUCUUGCCGAGGACAAAGCGGCCAGUCCAUGGUUGAACGCAGUGGAACCCAAGCAGGCAUUGGCCGACGCAAGUCGUUUCAUCCACCACUACCGUCGAGCAGCACAGAGCAAGAUCAGCCAUCAGCAGCUUCACUGGCAUCCGUGGAACGUCACGCAGAAGUGUCGGUUGCCAAUCGCCGGUUGCAGAAAGAAGGGGGCGCCAAAUAAGUGUAAGCACAAUUUUCCAAAAGUGCUGAACGAAAAGGUUCGAGUAAUUUGCAGAGGGAACGCACGAAAAUUUGCGCAGAGCACUGCCGGGCGGCGGAAUGCAUUAGGCAUGGUCUUAGACAAAAGAGACGAUCCUUGGUUGUCAGGCACCACGCAUGCAUUCGCCCUCAUGUUAUUUGGCAACUCCCACACCGCAAUAAAUUUCCGGGUGCCCUUAUCGGCGAACACCCACGACACCGACUGCACCCGAGGCUGCUUGGCAAAGAACAUGCUCCCAAAACUACAACGGGCGAUGGCGCAAGCAGCCCGCCGGCCCACCAGAUAUUUCACCGGCUAUUUGCAGAAGCCGCAGCCGCUGGGAAGAAAAGAAUUGCAACAAGCGGCCAAGCAAUUGCAUUUCCUGGAAGAAGCAGCUGCCAAAGAUGACCCUGCAGCACACUACCGCAAAGUUGUGCAUAGAGUCUUCGGGGAUCUCGAAUUUCGUUGCUCAGUGCGCCCAGUCACAGAAGAGUUCAUGCUUGCGGGCUUCAGCAACAUGACCGAUCCCACCACCGCCGAGUGCAUCCGCACUUUCCCCGUAGUCCCGUUUGUAGGAAUCGAGUGGGUUGGUAUAUUAGACCAUGUCACAGAUAUUCGUCAUAAAGUGGAACCCCCCAACCCGCACAAGAGUACAUUGAAGUCCUCCGAAAUAUACGGGUGGCGAGGAACCGACGCACGAGUGUUCCACUUGAGUCCGUGGGAGUUUAUCAAAUGGUGGAGUCUCAAAAAAUUACAGCCGCCCACCAAAAAUGCAACUGAAGACGGGCAAGGGCUCAGUGUUUGGGUGAGUAAGCAAGGCACCGACAGAAAACCCGUGGAUGGCUGGCAAUAUGGCCGUGAUUACAUUUGGAAAGACCCAUUGCCAAACAGCCGAGCCGCCAACCUGGUCCGGCUACCGCAGUGCCAUGGAUGCAGUCGAGUGCAGGAUUACUAUCUGGAAAGACGGACCGAACCACUGAUUCCAUAUCCGACGACCUGUCCGUUGCCGAAGCCCGAUAUGUCAAAGGAUGCACAGGCGAGGCUCCUCAAUGUCUAUCUGAGGCCCUGGACACUUGAUCUGAAAAGUGCUACCCGGCAUGUCCCGCAUAUCAGUGCCUUAGACUUAGAGAUAAGAAGUAAUAGUCUCAACCCCAGUACACGCUUGCGGACCAAGACAGCACCUGGUCCAAGAAGUCACCAUUUAGCAUGGAGAGCAUAUAUCCAGCAGCACGUUGUGUCUGAACAUGCAGCUCGCACUAUUCGAAACUUUCUGUCCGCAACAGAGUGUGAUCCAGAAGAAGUCGACCUGGCCGAAACACCAGCCCAGCCAACAGACCAUGAAGUGGAUACGACCUGGGUAACUUCUGACACCAUCGAUAAACUUGUCCGAGGUGUGGGCUUCGAAUAUUCGAAACGGUCAGGUCCAGCGGUACGCCGCAUAGUGGAGGAAUGGGAAGCUACUCCGCAGGUUGAUGCAAUAAACUCUUGGUUUGUAAACACUGGAAUAACUGACAUAAAGCUUGAUCAUAGUCAAAGCAAACGGCAGCAACCGACGCCGUUGCCGGAGACCGAACCCCUGAGCUGGACCUACGGCAAGUUAACGCCAGAGUCUGCCACAGCAUGGCUGCAGCGUCUCGCAGAGCAGGGCUCGGUGGCAGUCGAUCCAGCCGCAGGCAGUGCAGAGCAGCGCUCAGCCAGUGCAGAACCGCGCGCAGCAAAUGCAGAGCCGCGGUCAGCAUGUAAACCCACAGCCGAACAACUGAAAUUCCUGCGUGCUGUCGUCGACCGCUGCCUCACAGAGGCUCAAGAAGAACAGGCCGAAAGUUCCCGCAGCGAGCCUUUGCGUGCAGUAUUCCACGGGGUUCCAGGUGCAGGCAAAACCCAAACCCUCAAGUGGUUGCGUGCUUUUUUCGAAGAUUUGUGUGGGUGGCAGCAUCAACAAGAGUUUGUAUACUUGGCACCGCAGAACACCCAGGCUGCACUGAUUGCUGGCAUGACGUUACACUCGUUUGCCAAUAUCCAGGUGAAAACCAAAAGGGCCCGAGCAAAAAACACCAGCACACCGGAACAGUUCGCUAAGUAUCAACGCCUACGGUGGCUGGUGGUGGAUGAAUCUUCGACAGUCGGGCUCGAAAUAUUGGCCACUCUGGAGAAACGCCUGCAGCAGUCUACCAGAGAUCGGGAUACGUGGAAACUUCGGCCAGGGGGAGAACGGAGGCCAUUCGGAGGGCGCAACAUCAUCUUGACCGGGGACUUGUGGCAGUUCCCGCCAGUCAAAGCCACAGCCAUCUACCAGAACCCUUUCCAGUCAAACACAAGCUUCCAAGUCAACGCACUGCAGCAAAUAUGUUGGUCGCACACCUCGCUCGCUAUCCCACACCUGUUUGAACUCACCCUCGAACAGCGGUGCGAGGACGCCUGGCUCAGCCAAAUUCUUCACCAGGCGAGGCAUGGAAACAUGUCGCAGGAAGUGUGGUCUUUCUUACACGGGUUUCCAACACUCCAUGCCGGCUCGUGGUCCUUUCAAACCAAUGAAGCCAGCUGCGGCCAAAAAACUUGCAACACCCUACAUCUUCAACCCACCGCCCCCAACCAGUUGGAAUGUGUAAUUUGCCAGCAGGAAAGGGCACGUCGAUGUAUCGUAGGCAAAGACCCAAAAGCCGAGCAUUUCCUCAACCAUCCGUUUGUGCACGGGCUGAAUGCCGCCAAGUACAUUGCAGCCAACCUUCGUGCCAAAUGGGUAGCCACCACUCGCAAACACAAGUUGCUUUGGAUCAUUGCUCAAGAUACCCCGCUUUUUCAUGUGGAGGCGACGGAACUACAGGCCCGACGCGAAAAUUGGUUACAGCGCCAUGACCAGUCCACCGGCGGUGUCGUAGGAAUCUUACCACUUCUCCAGAAUAUGCCAAUCCGAGUGACGCAAACUCUGUCUGACCUGAAAGCCUUCGGGCUCUUUAAAAACACCCGAGGCACCCUUUGGAAUUGGGCACUCCACGAGGCCGACCAAGAGGCUGUCGGAGCUGUAGCAGGCCAAGACAUCGUGUUACAACGCCUUCCACGGGCGUUGUAUGUCAAGGUCGAAGGUGCGAAGUGGCAACAGCACCCAGACUUGCCCGUUGGGAUCGCUCGAAUCGAACCCGUCACCCAGACGUGGACACUCGAAACCAACGGCAAGGCUACAGUCUCUCGACGCGGCUUUCCAAUAGCCUCCGAUUACGCUGGCACGGCGCAUUCGUUUAUGGGGGCAACCCUCGGUGCAUGCACAUUGGACCUUGGCACCUGGGAUGCCACGACCUCCCGCGAGGCACAGCUCAGCGGAUACAUGUGCCUGUCCAGGGUGCGCAAAGCCGAAGAUUUGUGCAUAGUCCAACCCUUCUCCCCCAACUUGUUUAGUCACGGAGAGUUAAUUGGACCCCACACAUUCCUCGAAGUACAUCGCGAAAAGCUGACACUGGCACAGGCCAAAAUUCGAUUUGACUCCGACAAGCCGAACAAACGAAGAAACCGUGACAUUAUGUUGUUUUGCCGGGGUUGUAGCCCCCAACCGCACCUAGAGGAAAAACUUUUGCCACUUCGAGAAUUUGUCUCGGCCUGGGACCAAGAGGAAUGGUUCCGAGUCUUGUCAGAAGGUAUGUGUCGCUUUUGCACCCAGUGUCAAACGAAGCAGAGCAGCCCUGCAACCAAGAGGAAGUCUAAGGAGGUGAAUGCAUGCGCAUAUUGCCAGACCUUGCCAGCCGACCAGACCGGCUACUGUUCGAAGUGUGCCAAAAUUCGCUUAGCGUGCAGCAAGUGUGAUAUCGGGAAGAAAAUCAAAACAAAAAGCCUGUUAGAUUUUAGCCCGGAAGAAAUCACGCGAAGAAAAAAAACCAAAGAACUCCGAAGAGCACGCUGCAAGAAGUGUGCUAUCGCCCCAGUGGCAGCAACUGCAAAACAGGGCUUGUGCAGUACUUGCAACCGAGCCAUCAGUGUGCCGCACCUAGCGAACUACAGUGCAGAAUCCCAGACCGGAGUGUGCCGCACAUGCAUCGCAAAGCAAGCGCGGGCACCCAAGACUUGCGCUAACUGUUCUCAGCCCUUGCAUGCAAAUGCAACUCCGGGGACUUGGUGCACUGCCUGCGCAUUUCCCCCUUGCAGCGGAGGUUGUGGGCAACCACGCCCUCACAAGUCAUCCCACCAUGCAAAACAGAAGCCGAACUGGCUCUGUAAAAGCUGUAAUGCAGCGCCCAAAUGUGGAAAUUGUGCCGGCCCCUUGCCGCGAAACGCAGAGGCAGGCACAUGGUGUGCCACAUGUGCAUAUCCACCAUGCAGUGGAGGUUGCGGCGCGCCACGCCCCGAAAGACGAGCCAACCAUGCAAAACACCUGCAGAAAUGGUUUUGUCAACAUUGCAAUGCGGCGAAGCCAUGUGCGAACUGUGCCGGCCCAUUGCCGAGCAACGUGCAGGCAGACACUUGGUGCGUCACAUGUGCAUAUCCACCUUGCAGCGGAGGUUGUGGCGAGCCCCGCCCACAGAAAACAGGGUACCACGCCCAGCAGAAGCCACUUUGGUGGUGUCAAGCAUGCAGUAUACGCAAUAGUUACCCGCCGUGUCCAAUGUGCGGUCUGCAACGCCCGCAAGAAAGGCGCUACCAUGUCAAAGUCAUGCCGCACUGGACCUGCGAAGCCUGCACGGAAAAGUCUUGUCUCAAGUGCGGUCAAGUUCUUGGUUCAAAAGCACAAACCGGUGCAUUGUGUUUAGCGUGUGCAUAUCCACCAUGUGAGAGCUGUGGGUCGCAGCGCCCGCAAGAAAGUCGUUACCGUGUCAACGUCAUGCCGCAGUGGACCUGCAAAGCCUGCUCAGUCAAGUCUUGUCCCAAGUGCGGGCAAAUCCUUGGUCCAAAAGCUCAAGACGGUGUAUGGUGUUUAGCCUGUGCAUAUCCGCCCUGUGAGAGUUGUGGUCGCUCACGGCCAAGGACGCACAGUGAAUACCAUGCGCAGGUCAUGCCAACAUGGACGUGCGCGGUGUGCAGCGGGAACAGCCAUAUUGGCAUCCCAAAGAAAAGGCGUCGCAGAGGUUAG